UGGCAUUUUUGCCGUUUAAAUGUAUCUCAUUUCCAUGCAUAGGUUGAUCAUUUAUACAUCAUUAGAUACAGAAAAAUAAUAAUGAGUAAUAUAUAAAUUCAAAAGACAUAAUUAUUUAAUACGUGUUUAGUAGACAUCAAUUCACAAAACGAUGUCAAAUAUCCUGUUGCUCGUCGAACACGUAAAAGAAUGGAAUCCAUUUAGCCACGUAGAAGCAGAACGAAGAGGCGUCUGAAAAAGGGGAGCCAAUUUCUUUGGGGGUGUUCUUCCUUGGACGCUUCAAUUGCAUUGCAUUCAAUCUUUUACUCUGAACAAACGGGAAGAAAAUGUUUUGAAAGGAUUAUAGCUACACCCUGUGACUACCAUAUCCCUUCCAUGGGCUCUAGUGCAACAUCAUUUGAUUCUGUAUGCAAAUGGAAUACCACAACUCAGUCAUUGCUGAGAUGGAGACAACCAAUGGAGAAAUCCAUCAACUAGACCUGAUACCACAGUCCAAAGAGGGUGGUGCUGAUCCUGUGGUGAGCGACUCUCAGCUACUGAAGAAAGGAGUGCUGGACAAGCCGACAGCGUCGGGGGAUGUUCUUAAUGGUUUUGUUAAGGCAGACGUGGUGCCAAAUGGAGAACGAGUGGCAGAGGGCCCGCGGCCAAGCGCAGGAGGGGACGGCCAUCCAAAUGGCCCCCUGCCUCCUGCUACCCAGGGCACCAGCCCACCUGUCAGCCCCCAGUCCAAAGAGCCAUCCCAAGGUGUGGCCGCUAUCCCACCACCCAUGCUAGAGAAGUCUGAGGGAGCUAGUGCUGAGGGCCCUGUUCACAAGGGUGAUGCAUUGCAGUCGCUCAGACUGAGUAUGCCUAUGCAGGAGACUGAAUUGUCUGCCAAAGAGCCAUCACUGGAGCUGGAGAAUGAGGAGAAGAUCCGCCAUGAUGCUCGUCGACGCCUGGAGGAGCAGCUCAAACAGUACAGAGUGCAGAGGCACAAGGAGACGUCCUACCGCUCUACCCCAAAGAGCCGCAGUGGGUUCAGCACUCUGGACCCAGACCUCAUGAUGCACCCAGAGGCUCUUCCCCGGGCCAGCACCACCUCCAUGACCACCGAGUACUCCUUCCUGAGGACCAGCGUCCCCCGGGGACCUAAGCUGGGCAGCCUGGGCAUCCCCCCAGCCAAGGAGAAGAAGUCACGGUCACCCCGCCCCAGCAAGAUCCACUCACUGGCCGACUACAAGACCCCCGAGCCAGCAGGGGGCACUAGUGAUGGUGGAGGAGGCGGCGGCGUGGUCAGGACGUCUGCAGACUCCUCCCUGGGGUCCAACCUGAGCUCUGUAUCCACCCUGUCAGAGGUCAGCAUGAUGUCAGAGGUUGGCUCCAUGGAGAUGACCUCUUCGGAGGCCCCGCUGGUUUCAUCAAUGUCUCUCCAGGACAACACCUCGGAGGUGGAUCCCGGCAUCGAGUCAGGGAUGGGGUCGAGGCCCGGUGGGGAUGGGAAUGACAGCGACAGCUCUACCUACAGCAGCGUGUCCACCUCCACCAGCGGCACUGGGAUCUACGGCAUGCUGGCAGUGGGCAGGCAGAGAGGAGGGAACUACACGGUGGCGGGCAGGGAGAUCGUUCCGGAGGCCAUGGGCAACUUCCCAUCACUGCGGGAGGUGCUGCAGGCUGCCAGCGAUGAGCAGCAACUGCUGGAGCUGGAGCAGGACAGGGAGGGGACUGGGGCACCACGCAGCCGCAGGGACAGCUUCUCCAGCAGUGUGUCAUUGGAGAGCUCUGUGAUGGGACAUGACGAAAUGCUCCAGGUUCUGAAGGAGAAGAUGAGACUGGAGGGCCAGCUAGAGUCUCUGUCUUCUGAGGCCAACCAGGCUCUGAAAGAGAAGACUGAGCUCCAGGCCCAGCUGGCUACAGUCAACGCCCAGCUACAGGCCCAGGUGGAGCAGUCCCAUGCCAGCCUGGAGAAGCAGAGCUCCCUCAACAAGGAGGUGUCCACCCUGCGCCAGAGCUGCUUCCAGCUGGAGAGGGCCAUGGUGGAGCUGCAGGGCAACCUGGAGAGCAAGAACGCUGGCCUAGCCUCGCUGGGCAAUGACCUGCAGGUGGCUGAGGAGCAGUACCAGAGACUCAUGGGGAAGGUGGAGGAGAUGCAGCAGAACGUCACCUCCAGGGACAACGCUGUCCAGGAGUUGCGUCAACAGAUGGGUGGUCUCCAGACUCAGCUCCAGCAGGUCCAGCUAGAGCGCACCACCCUGCAGAGCAGGUUGAAGACCUCCCAGGCAGAGAUCAACUCGCUGCAACAGGUCCGCCAGUGGUACCAGCAGCAGCUAGCGCUGGCCCAGGAGGCUCGGGUCCGGCUCCAGGGCGAAAUGGCCAACAUGCAGGCUGGGCAGAUGACCCAGAUUGGUGCCUUGGAGCACCUGAAGCUGGAGAACGUGACUCUGUCCCACCAGCUGACACAAACCCAGCAUCGCUCCAUCAAAGAGAAGGAGCGCAUCGCUGUACAGCUGCAGAGUAUUGAGGCUGACAUGAUGACCCAGGAAGCUGCCUACCAGCAGAUCCAGGAUGCCAAGAGCAUGGUGGAGGACGACCUCCAGCACAAACUGGACGAGUUUGAGGAGGAGCGAGAGCACUUACAGAAACUGGCCAACACCGCCAGCUCACUGGAGAGGGAACUAGAGCAGAUGAAGGUGACCCUAUCGCAGAAGGACCUGCAGCUGGAGGCCCUCCAGAAGGAGCACCUGGAGCUGAUGAGACAGCUGACAGCCACUCAGGAGAGCCUUCACACCAAAGAGCAGUCCAUCAACCAGCUGGAGGCCCGCUACCUGGAGCUAGAGGCCACGCUGGCAGAGCUGCAGACAGAGACCAACGCCAAGGACGAGAACAUCCAGUACCUGCAGAAUGAGAAGAUUGUGCUGGAGGUGGCCCUCCAGGCAGCCAGAGCUGAUAAAAGUCAGCUGGACGAGGGGGCGGAGAGGCUGGGGGAGGAGGUGCUGGUGGCCUCCGAUGUCCUUGAUCAGCUCAGGCAGGAGGUCCAAGUCAAAUCCUCACAGAUUGGAUCUCUGCAGCAGGAUUACGGCACCCUGAAGAAACAAGCUCAGAAAUUGAAAGAGCAGUUCACGCAGCAAAAGGUGAUGGUGGAGGCCUAUCGCCGGGACGCCAGCUCCAAGGAGCAGCUGAUCAGUGAGCUGAAGUCCACUAAGAAGCGUCUGGUGUCAGAGGUGAAGGGGCUGAAACAAGAGCUGCUGGAGGCCCAUGGGGAGAAACAGAAAGCUGAGCUGGAGCAGAGCCGGAUGCAGAAGGAGGUAGUCCGGGUCCAGCAGCAGAUGAACAGCCUGGAGAACCACCUGCAGUCUGUGCAGACCGAGAGGGAUCAGCUGGAGAAUCAGAUACAGUCACUACAGUUUGACCAGAGCCAGCUAGCAGCAGUGACGGAGGAGAAUGAGGGCCUGAAGAAGCAGGUGGACCAGAUGCAGUCCGAAGCCAGGAAGGCCAUCUCAGAGCAGAAGGUGAGAAUGAAGCGGCUGGGGACAGAUUUGACCAGCGCGCAGAAGGAUAUGAAGGCCAAGCACAAGGCCUAUGAGAACGCAGUGGGCAUCCUGAGUCGCAGGCUCCAAGAGGCCCUGGCCGACAAGCAGACCACCGAGGCAGAGCUGGUCAAACUCAAGGCCCAGGUCUCAGACGGCGGAAACAACCAGGCCCUGCAGGAUAAGAUUGAGGCUCUGCAGAGUGAACUCCAGGCUGUGAGUCACAGCAAGGCCAUGCUGGAGAAGGAGCUUCAGGAGGUCAUCUCCCUCACUAGCACUGAGCUGGAAGAGUUACAGGAGAAAGUAAUGGAGCUGGAGGAUGAGCUGCAGGAGGCGCGAUGCUUCAAGAGGAGGAUUAGACGACUGGAAGACGCCAACAAGAAGUUAUCCCUGGAGCUGGAGCAUGAGAAAGGGAAGUUGACGGGACUGGGGCAGUCCCAUAAUUCACUGCGGGAGCAUACCAAUAUUCUAGAGACUGCCCUGGCCAAGAGAGAGGCCGACCUGGUCCAGCUCAACCUCCAGGUGCAAGCUGUACUAAAACGAAAAGAGGAGGAAGACCAGCAGAUGAAGCAGCUGGUCCAGACUCUACAGGUCGCCUUGGAGAAGGAGAAGGCCAAAGUCAAGGACCUGAAAGAGCAGGUGGCAGCAGCUAAGGCAGAGGCUGCGCACAACAGACGGCAUUACAGGGCAGCCAUGCUGGAGCUGUGUGAGAUCAAGAAGGACCUGCAGGCCAAAGAAGAGCUGGUCAAAGCCCUGCACAGUGAGGCACACAAACUACAGGCUCAGGAUGAGAAACACUCUCAGGAGGUGUCCAGGUUCCAGGAGGAGCUGUCAGAGGCCCACUUCCAGCUCCAGAUCCUCCAGAAACAGCUGGAUGAACAGCUUAGCAAGCAGCCCCUCACAAACCAGGAGGUGGAGGAUUUGAAGUGGGAGGUGGAGCAGAGGCAGAGGGAGAUCGAGGCCCAGAGACAGCAGCUGGAGCUAGUGGAUCAGUGCAGCCAGAGGGAGCUGGACAGCCUGCAGACAUCUCUACAGGGCAUUAAGGUGGAGCUGGAGUCUGUGCAGGAGGAGCUGAGCAGCACCAGAAAGGAUAAGUUCAUGCUACAGGCCAAGGUGGGGGAGCUGAGGAACAGCAUGAAGACUGUUCUGCUGCAGAACCAGCAGCUCAAACUGGACCUCAAACAGAACCGCCUCCGGAAGCAGAGGAUGGAGCCAUCAAACCCAUCAAGCCCAGUGACCCCGGUGAAGAUCCCAGACUGCCCUGUGCCUGCCUCCCUGCUGGAUGAGCUGCUCAAGCCCUCUGCCUCUGUCAACAAGGAGCCCCUCAAUAACCUGCACAACUGUCUGCGCCAGCUCAAGCAUGAAAUGGACAGCCUUCAGAAACAAAUGGAGGAGCACACAGUCACCGUGCACGAGUCCAUGAUGUCAUGGAAUAACGCAGAGGAGGAAUUGACUCGACUGGGGGUGCCGCUGGAGAAUGACUCCAUAACAUCCCCCCCUCUAAACCAGGUGGACAGUAACGGCGGAGCAGAGGAGGAGGAGGAGGAGGAGGAGGAGGAGGAGCCACAGCCAUCGUAAUGCAGCAUCUUCUCAGGCAGACACACAGAGUGGAGUUUUAUCCACAAGGGCACCUUUUUUUUUAACCUGUUUUUUCCAUUUCUUAUCAAUUGCUGCCAACAUUUGGCAUUAUUAUCAAAUCAGCACAGACAGUGGUUGGAUAAAGUAAUUUAUACUUAUAACCAUAGCUUUACUCUUUAUUUGGACUUUGUCUAUUUUUUUGUUACGGCUGUCAUUUGUCAUAUUUAUUUAUUUACAAUUCAGGAAUGACAAUAUUGAACCUUAAAUGACCGUGACAACUACAUUGUUAGUUUAUUUACGCAUACUGGUACUUUUGAUAUACUUUCUCAUGCUCCGGUAAGAUAAGUGAGACAGUUUAAAGCCUGCAGAAAUUGACUAUUGUUAUAAGCAUACUGUAGUCCCUCUUACUGUUCUUACAUAUCUCUGUGCCUGCGAAUGAGAGGAGCCACUCGUUCCAUAAACUUGUUGAAAUCCAAAUCGACCCUUAGUCCCUCCACUUAGACACACCUGUAGAUCUGAUUGGAUAAAUGUUAACAAUAUGGCAAAAAGUAUACUAGGCCUAUAAGAAGGCACGGUGAAGCAAUAACCAUAUUCCACCGCCUCAGAUUUACACAAGUUUAUCAGGGUGUAGGCUAGGAGUUGGUUUGGGAUUUAGGGAGUCGUCUGGUCAAAUGCCCCUAUGGCUUUCAAACUGUUUGUGGUGAAUCACUAUCAUUCUCCUUUUAGUACGCCUCACAUUUCAGUUCAUUUCAUUAACAUCAAUCUAUUCAGUUUUGAAUUGCUUCUCGUUCUUUUUUAAAGCUUGCUAUCAACAUAUCAUUGUGGGCUCUGCAACUUUGUGGAAAAUUAAUUCUUAACUAUGUAUGAAAUUGGGAGUUUGUCUGGCUGGCUUGGACUGUAGUAAUGUGUAUGGCAUAGCCUUAAGGAAUCUUUUGUAUGCUGUUAAAGGACUAAAUGUUAUGAAUGAACGUAUCAUUAUUUCAAUUGACAGCAGGUGUACAAGAUGUAAUAUAGGUUAUAUUGUAUGAUUAUGCUGUUUGCAGAUCCAAACUGAAUGGUUUAAUGUUCAAUAUUUGGGUAGUCUCAACCGAUGUUGCACAAUUAAUGAGAGAGCUUACUGUAACUGACUUUGAGGGAGGGGAAGGUGUAAGAGAACUUUUACGCAAAAUGUUACUACUUCUAUUAGUGAGAUGCGCUCAAAUGUAUUCAUUUUUGUUACUAUGGUUUCAUAUUUACAGAAAAUGCCUGCCCCUUAAUUGCUUGUUUAAUUCCUUUGCGGUUGAUUUGCUGUCAAGGAAAACUGUUUAUUCUUUGCAGAGGUUAAUAUAAUAUAUACGAAUAUACUUCCUUUUCUCUACUUUUUCCUAUAAUUGAAUGACUUUGAUCAUUAUGUAAUAGUGUGAUGAGCAAAAACAUUUGAGAAUGAUAUGUUAUGAUAUGCAACUUGCAAAGCAUAUUUAUUCAAACUGUUAAGUCCAAAUGUAGACAGCAAUGGACACCAUAAACUACAGCACAUGCAGUUGUAAUGUGACUGUUUUAAAUGCCGAUAUACUCAUUUCCAGACAACAUGUAUCUUGCCAGUCAAAGUAAAUAGACUAUUUUUAACCACACUGUAAUAACAUGCUUAUUACAUAUCUGCAAAGGGAAAACCUAUAGUCGAAGGGCAAGCUGUGUUCAGUUGACUGGUAAUAACUAACAGCUCUCAUACUGUGUUUUUGAAGAAGGGUUUGAAACAAUCUGUUCGAAAUUGACUUGUUGAAUCUAUACAACAUUGACUGUAUCUUCCAAGCUACCUUUCACUGUUGUCUACAUAUUUGAAUACUUAACAUUUGUUGGUACAUGGAGCAGGGAUAAAAGAGUUCUGUACAUAAACCUUGCUGUAUUUGCCGUUCAAUCUUUUAAUCUGCAAAGAGGGGCAUAGACCUGCUAAACUGAUUCAUUGGGAGAUUGUAUUUAUCUCAUAAAGUUGCACUAUUCAUCAA